UGGUAAGCAUCAAAGAGUGACUUAGUGCAGAUUGUGUACAGUUUUGUAGCUUAUGAGCGAUAGGGAUACCACUAGCGAGGACGACCGGAUCUUGCGAUCGGCUAGACGCUCGAUUGUCCACGUGGCAUUAGGACCCGAGGGUGAUAGGUUACUGUUCCGCCAGCUUAGGGAGAGGCAACAGCAGCAGCGGAGAGCUAGGGCAGCGGAGGCCAGCAGGGCAUUCGCAAGUGAAGCCGCUGCUUCAGCAGCCAUGGCAACCGCUGCGCAGAAUCAGUUGGCAGGUGAGGCCAACAUCAACAUGCACAACUUCCCCUCGUUUAGCAAGAAGGCCCUAGACUUGGAAGCAAAGAUAGGGCAUGGUCAGACACCCACGACGGAUGGUAGGAAAAAGUCACUGCCUUCCAACUGGAAAGCAAAGGGACGCAUCAUGUUCGUCGACAACGAUGGUUCCACCAUCGAGUUGGACAACGACUUCCAGGCGGGAGUGGGUUUAGAGGCUGGCAGCGUAGAAGCUUCAGGGGGUGGAGUAGUUGUUGUCGUAGCUCAAAAAGGUAAGGCGACCGGUAGACGUCGUGGAGGUUCCCGGUCUAGGAGUCAAGUUGACCCCAAUGCUCCUCCAUGGGAGAAAGCGGGUCUCAGUGAGGACGUGUGGAGAGAUCGGUACACGCGGCAGGCUUGUAUCCGUUGUGGUCAAUAUGGCCAUAACCAGUUCCAAGUGCCGAAACAAAAAGGUGACCGAAAAGAUCCCACCUACGAUGGGGCAGGCGUUGGGAUCCUCCGCUCCCGUCAGCAACAAUGUGGCCAGCAGUUCUGGCACUGCUCCGGGAAACGCGUCGGGCCAGUAGGAAUAGUAGCUGCUCCUGCUGGGGUCGAGGUGGUGGACACACCCUCACCAGCUCGAGAGAUGGCCCAAGCUAUUGACUCCAUCGAUGUCCCGCAAACACAUUCAGACCCAUCGAGCCUCUGUUCGAUGAAUGUGUUUGAAUCCUUAGAGGAGCUAGACGAGGAGUGGUCUAGAUCAGACCUCCUAGCUUCUUGGAUGACAUUAGCUAAAGCCCCUAAGGGAGAGAAGUUCGUCGGCGAGGUAGUCAUCGGCGCCCGCAAGGCCGGGGCCUAUUAUGACACUUGCCCAACAAGGAACUUCAUUAGUUACGCGUGCGUUGAGAGACUGCGCUUACAGGGGCAAGUGCAGCGCCUGAGUCAACCUGUGGAGUUGCCCAACAAACAGUGCAUGGUAGUUAAUGACUACCUCCAGGAUGUCGAGUGUUGUUUCCCGUACGGGGGAGGGGAACUCCGACAUCGCGUCUCGUUCCUAGUCAGCGAUGAUCUCCCAAUUGAUAUCUUGUUGGGUAUGUACUAUCUUUCGGUUGCACAGCCCCAGUUUGACUGGGACCGAAAAGUGGUCAAGCACAUUUUUCCAGGUGGAGGGACCGCCAGAUUACGUAAGUUUAAGGCUAGUAGUCUGAUCGAGUCCUACGGAUGCAUGUGUGCCGCCGCGUUUUACAACUUUUAUGAGCAAGAUCCGGAGGAGGGUAUGUAUCUAGUUUGUCUCUGCAGGAGGCGAGCCGGUGGAAAGGGGGAGGUCGUCCACGCUAUAGAGAUUAUCCCAGGGUCUAGCAUCUCGAAGGGGAGGAUCUAUCGGAUGUCUCCAGGCGAGCUUGACGAGCUUCGCCGCCAACUCAAGGAACUCAUAGAGAAGGGUUGGAUCCGGCCGAGUGUCUCCCCUUAUGGAUCUCCAAUCUUAUUUGUGUCGAAGAAGGGGGGAACUUUGAGGAUAUGCAUUGAUUACAGGGGCCUCAAUGCCAUCACUGUGAAGAACCGAGAGCCCCUGGCACGCAUCAACGAUUUGCUAGAUAGAGUGCAAGGGCGUCGGUACUCAAGUAAGAUAGAUCUGAAGUCCGAGUACCAUCAAAUUGCAAUAUGGCGCAAGGAUCAUCACAAAACCGCUUUUCAGACCAGGUACUGUCUAUACGAGUUUGUGGUGAUGCCUUUCGGCCUUUGCAAUGCUCCUGGCACCUUUCAGCACGCUAUGAAUCGGAUCUUUCAUGACUACUUUGAUAAGUUUGUCAUUGUGUACCUCGAUGACAUACUUAUUUUUAGCAGGAUUGUCAAGGAGCACAUUGCGCACUUAGAUAAAGUCCUCACUCUCCUUCGGCGGCACAAGUUCAAGAUCAAUGGAGAGAAAUGCGAGUUUGGUCGCACCCGGAUUUUGUACUUGGAUCAUGAGAUUUCCGCGGAGGGUUUGAAGCCCGAUGACGCGAAGGUGGCCAGCAUUUGUGACUGGCCGCGUCCUCAGUCUGUGACUGAGAUGAGGUCCUUCUUAGGGAUGAACGGCUACUAUUGCAAUUUUGUGAAGAACUAUAGCAUAGUUGCCGCCCCUUUGACGGACCUAACUCGCCUUGACACCCCAUGGGACUGGACAUACAAGUGUGAGGCUGCUUUCAGACAUCUGAAGCAUGCGUUGACACACCAUGAGGUCUUGAAACUUCGUGAUUCUGACAAGCCAUUUAUAGUUACCACUGAUGCUAGCCAAUAUGGCAUAGGCACCGUGCUCGCGCAGCAGGAGGGCCCAAAGUUGAGGCCAGUGGAGUACAUGUCCAAAAAGAUGCCCUCUCAGAAGUUGGCCAAGUCCACCUAUGAGAAGGAGUUGCACUCGACUUAUAAAGCGCUAACCCACUGGAGGCACUAUCUCCUUGGGAGGGAUGUCCGAUUCACCAGUGAACUGUGGAAGGCCGCGGCUGCCGAACAAGGAACGCAGCUGCAGAUGACAUCUGGGAACCAUCCAGAGGCAAACGAACAGGCAGAGCAAAUGAACCGAGCUGUUCAACACUUGCUAAGGCAUUACAUUAAGCCUAAUCAAGUGGACUGGGAUGAGAAGCUUGCUCUCAUCGCCAGCCUAUACAACAACACAGUUCAUAGUGCCACGGGAUCCAGGGGAGGCGUGCAGCUCGAACCCCCCGGCCCCACAGGCCCAGCAGGAGGGUUCCACUGCGACUUCUAUGGGACCCCUCGACGCUGCACCAGUCCGGCAGCAAGGAGAGACCAUGACGNACAGGCCCAGCAGGAGGGUUCCACUGCGACUUCUAUGGGACCCCUCGACGCUGCACCAGUCCGGCAGCAAGGAGAGACCAUGACGGCCUUCCUGGCCCGCCUGAGCACAUAUAUGCAGCAAGUCCAAGAGGAGCAGCAAUGCGAGGCGGCAGCCGAAGCCGCACGCCUUAAUGCCAUUGCACACGCAGAAGAGCAACGACUCCGGCAGCAAGCUGACGCAGCUGCCAACCACAAGAAAGCUCGAAGAGAUGCCGCGUCUGUCCUCAUGCAGCAGGAAGCCGCUCAUACCGCCGCACUCCAAGCAUGGCAUGUUCAUCGGGCGGAAACUACGGAACCAACUACGGAGGACCAGACUAAGUCAGCUGUCGCCAGCAUGAUGCACCAAGUCGUCCUCACUUGUAACUGGCAACAAGUGGAGCUGGCUCGGCAGGCACGUACCAUCACCAAGUACGAGAAGACUCUCAAGAGCCUCCACGCCCGCCUUGAUGUGCUGGAGAAGGAUGAUGAAACGAAGUUCACGUGUAGAGUAGAUACCCGGGGUGGUGCCUCAACCAAGCCCUACACGAAGGAAGAGGAGGAAAAGAUGGCCGCCAUAUUGAAGGAGAGGCAGGAGAAGAAAGAGGCCAAGAAAAGGGCCCUGAUGGAGGCACAAGCGGCGAAGUUGAAGAUGAUAGAGGAGGAGAUGGCCAGAGAAAAGGAAAGAUUGAAAAAAGAAGAAGAGGAGAAACUAAAAGAGGUGGAAGAGGAAGAGGAGGAGGAUGAGCAGCCACUGGAAAGGAGGAGAGAGCAACGAGGGCAGUACACCAUGUAUAUCCCCAAGGACGAGCAGGAGGCUGCCAUGAAAGAAUGGGAGGCAGAAAGAGAUGCUUUGAAGCGGCAGGCGAUGGAAGAUGAGAAGAGAAUGGAGUGGAAGUUAAGGAUGAUGAGGGAGAAGAAGAAGAGGGUGGACGCAGCAAGUGCAGCGGUCAAAGAGUUGGAGGAGGUGCAGAAACUGAGUCUACAAUUGACCCCUCAAGUGGACCUCCAACGUAAGGUAGAGAUCAUUGCCCACAGUGUCGAGCGCUUGGCUCGAGUGCAGGAAGAACAGUACGAGUUUAGUCGAAGUCAGGAUAUGGUCGUGCACUCGAUGCGGAUGGGAUUUCAAGACUUUGGUCGCGAACUGGUAGGCGCUGUAGGUGCCGAGGUGAACCAUCGCCUCGAGAAGACCGAAAGAUUUUGCGGCGGCGCCAUUGAAGGCGUCAAGGCGACAGCUCCCAAGGAGGAAGAGGCACGUCCUCGUAGGGAGCCAAUCAAGGUCAAGUUCCCCGAUUCCUACAGUGGAAAGAGGGAAGAGAACUUUGACAAUUGGGAGGCCAACGUGAAGACCUAUGUGCACUUGCAGCAGGUCUCCCCAGAUCAGCACGUGUUGAUAGCCAUUCAUGCGCUUAGAGAUGAGGCAGCCAGUUUCACGAGGUCCCUAGUCCGCUCUGCCAACUGCAACGAUGAUGCAGUUGCCUACUCUUCAUUCACCCCCCUCGUAGAUUUCAUGAAAUUGUUGUGCGAGCAAUUUGCUGACGUCGCCCGCAGUGUCAAAGCCUCAGAUAGGCUUCAGACCAUCCAUUCUCGGCAAUGGAAGAGUGCCAGGGCACUCAAGGGUGUUAUGGACGAUUGGGUGGCUGUUCCUGACCACGGGGUCUCAGAGACCCAGUUGGUCAACCUCUUCUACAGGGCUAUGCCCGAAUCGCUGCGUGGCCACUUCUUUGCGAAAAGUCAAGACCCCGCCAUGACGUACGAUGCACUCAGCAGGGAAGUGGUAGCCUUUGAGGCAAAGUCUGUGUCAGUUUCCACUUUCUGGCACAAAGACUUAGAUAAGGGAAAGAAGUGGAAAGGUCGCACUAUCUCAGGGCAAGUUAAGACCAAGGAUAGUCUUGUCCUUACCUUAGACGAAGGUAGUGCAGACGAGAUCCCCUACGAACAGAUUGAGUGGGGGUUAGAGGAUGAGGACAGCAGUGUAAGUCAGGGGAGAACUUAUGCUGCUGUCGCGGCUGGAGGGAGGCCGCAAGGAGGAGGACGAGGCCAGGGCCAAGGGGGCCGAGCCCCGGGGAACCGAUCUCAAGGCGAUCAGGGGGUUGGCGGCAGGAGAGGGAACCGCCAAGCGGGAGGCAGGGGUCAAGGUCCCCUGCAAAACCGUUCUGGGAAUAGGUCUCCUUAUAGGAGAGGUGGAUGGCACCGAGGGCUACUGCAGGAUCGUGGAGAAGGCGCGCGAAGCCAACCGAAUUUUGUGGAAAAGGGCAAAGUCCAGUGGCCGCGGCAAGUCGCUGCUGUCCAAGGAACUGGACAAGAGAACGACCAGGCGAUGACUCACGAGUCUAGUGAAGGAGACAGAGUCAACGCCCUUCCGCCACGACGCAACAACAACAAGAAGGCGAAAUCUGCAUCAACAACGGAAGUCGGACAACCGAAUGAGCCAUGGUACCAACGCUUCAUCGGAGGAUACGCACGGAUCGCCGCACCUUUGUCCAGAUUGCAGUCUCCACAGGUGCCCUUCCAGUUCACCGACGAAGUCCGCAGUUCGUUCCAGAAAUUGAAGACGGCGUUGCUCCUCGCUCACAUCUCGAGUAUCUACGAUCCCACCUUGCCUACGAGAGUGACUACAGACGCUUCCGGCUACAGCAUGGGUGCACUUUUGGAACAACACGACGGAGUAGACUGGCAUCCGGUUGAGUACUUCAGCCAAAAGGUGCCUCCCAUCAACUCCGUUGAUGAUGCGCGAAAGGAGGAGUUGCUUGCGAUCGUCACGAUACUCAAGCGUUGGCGACACUUCCUCCUCGGGCGUCGUAGGUUCACUUGGGUGACGGAUAAUAACCCAUUGACCUACUACAAGACGCAAGACAUGUACCACGACUCGAGCCUCGCCGGCCACCUCGGAGUCAACCGUACGAUCGCAAGACUUCGGCAGCGAUUCUGGUGGCCUGACCUCAUUAUCGACGUCACUCGAUAUUGCGACUCUUGUGAAGUUCGCCGACGAAUCAAACCCCGCAAUCGCAACCCCUACGGUGAGUUACGCUCGUUGCCUAUUCCACGGGAACCCGGCCUCUCCAUUGCCAUGGACGUCACUGGGUCAUUCCCUCGCGAAGUCACGACCGUUGACCGUUUGAGCUUUCUUCCUUGCAAGUACCACGCCACGACUUCAGAACUUGCACGCCUCUUACACACCGGCUGGAUUUGCGGCCACGGCGUUCCGGAAGACAUCGUCAGCGACCACGACACUCGGUUCAUGUCGGCAUUUUGGACCUCGCUCAUGAAAGAGUCCGACACCGAGAUGAAACGAAGUUCGGCUCGGCAUCCGCAAACGGACGGGCAGACGGAGCGGGCACAUCAAACCGCUCAAGUAAUGCUUCGCACACUCAUCCGUAUGGAUCAGAAGGAUUGGGUGGACCGCCUUCCCGACAUCGAGUUCGCCUACAACACUUCUGUGUACCCGGCGAUCGGUGUGACUCCGUUCGAGUUACACCACGGUGGCCGGAAGGGCCGCAUCUUCGCUGAUCUUCCUUUUCCAAGGACUGCUGACAUUGACGCCGCUUGUUCGCCCGCCUUCGUUCGGAAGUAUAGGGACUUGCUGGAUAAAGCCCGCGCCAACAUGCAAAAGGCUCAAGUCCGCAUGCAACAGCAACCCAACAGGCGUCGCUGGCCAUGCCCCAUCCGCCCCGGCAACCUUGUUUGGGUCUCCACGGAAGAGUUUGCACUCGAACAGGUUGUAUCCCGCAAGCUACUUCCAAAGUGGUUUGGACCAUGGCCUGUCACAUCAGCCGCGGGUGAUGAGCCCUAUGGCCCCUCGUUUGUGAUCGAAAUCCCGCCGUAUCUCACGGUGCACCCGGUUUUCCACGCCUCCAAGCUGGCCACUUAUACACCAGCCAAGAGUGACGACUUCCCGGGACAACGAUCACAAGACCCUCCUUCCAUGGAUGGUCAUCAGGAAGUCGACCGCGUCAUCACGCAUCGCAAGCACGACAACAAGCCUAUGCAGUACAAAGUCACAUUCAAGUGGUGUGACCCCGAUGACACGGGAUGGAUUUCCCGGGCAGCUUUGCAAGCCUCCGCUCCUGACAUCUAUGCUCAUUACGAGAAGAAAGGGCUAGCGACGGAAGCUGCACAGCCUCCCACCCGGACCUCAGUCCCUCCCUCCACCAGACAGCUUCGCCCUCGCAGUGACAGCCAUCUCCUUAAAUGCCUCCUGAUCAGCAGUAAGUCGGUCUUAAGUCAGUCAGGGGGUGAGAGUCUAAGUGGUGAGGAGUGGAACAGUCAUCUAGAAGCACAGGCGGCAAAGAAGAAGAAGCUUGAGGAAGAGAUGGAGAGGGUGAAGAGGGAAGAGGAGCAGCUUAAAGAAGUAGAAGAAGAAGUGGAAGAAGAGGAGAUACCCCUGUUGAGGAUUGGGAGGAGAGAAGAAAAAGGGGAAUCCAGUGGGACCAGUGAGGAUGAGAAGAAACUGGAGAAGAUGGUUUCAGAAUGGGUGGCUAACUUAUCUCUGGGGGAGGAUGAAGAAGCAUUGAUGACCAUUCCCCAGGACGAGAGGGAUGCUGUUGUUGAAGAGAUAAAGGCCUUAGAAGACCGGUUAGAGCAGCAGGCCUUGGAGGAGGAGAAGAGAAUGGAGUGUAAAUUGCGAUUGAGGAGGCAGCGAAGGAGGUGCAUAGUUUCAGCUAUUGAAUUGGAGAAGGAAUUAGCUACCGCUGCAGAACAGCAUACGCAGGCGCUGGCAAAAGAGGACGUUCAGACUGAUCAGUUUUCGUACUGUGGACUGGUAGCUCGGCGGGGAUACGCCCACCGAAGGGAGGUGACAGCUCCUGUAAGGUGGAGGAGCGGGUGCGAACUGGUGAUGGGGGUGGAGGAGUCGAUCGUGGUGAAGCAUGCGAGAGAGGAGGUCAGCAAGGGGCAUGUCGGGUUCGUGGGCGAUGGCAGUUGCAAGAUCUUUGUGGCAUACUCGCUUGAUGCGGGAGAUGAACGCAAAGUCGGGAAUGACGGUGGUGGGGAGGUGAUGGUGGAGGGAGCGGAUGUGUUGGACGAAACGGUUUGUGGGACCGGUCUGGCGGAGGUGGCAGAUUGUUCGAGGAGUGGAGGAGGUCGAUGGGGGGGUGUUGAUGGAGGCGGCUGUGGAGGAGGGAGUGGUUUGCACUGUGGAGGAGUGAGUGGUUUGCGUUGUGGAGGAGGGAGUGGUUUGCGCUGUGGAGGAGGGAGUGGUUGUGCUGUGGAGGAGGGAGUGGUUUGCGCUGUGGAGGAGGGAGGUGCAGCCGUGGUGACGACCGUGACGGAGGGGAUGGUCCCUUCGAGCGUGGUGACACGGUCGCAUAUGGACGACAUGUUGGCCUUUAUGUCGUCGAGAGAGGCGGUGACGAAGGUUUGGAAGGUGUUGAGUGCGUGGAGGAUGGUGGAGAGGUCGGGGGUGGCGGUGUUUGCUGGUGGUUGUUCGCAUGCGGGGUUGCGGGCGAUGCUAUUGACCGAGUCGGUGCGGAUGUCAGACAUAUUGAUGGAGGAUGCGGUCAUGUCGGGGGAAGAGGGGGUGGAGGACGCUGCCGGAACGGAUGUGGAGGAUACCGCAGCAGCGGUGGUGGCGGCAGCAGCGGCGGGGGCGGCGGCGCGUUGGGAGUUCUUGGUUUGGCGUGGUGGCAUGUGGGGAUGGGGGGGACAAUUUCUAUUUACAAGAAUGGAGCGUAAAUUAAUUUGAAUUUAUUCGAAACUGAUUUGCGAGUGUAUUUUUCAAGAAAACACGAAAGCAAAAUUUUCAGGAAUUUCCAAAUGACGAAAAAGAAUAAUUCAUUUUGAGAAAAAUAAAUUUCGACGAAAUYUAUUUGGAUUUACGUUCGGGGUAAAAUUUUAUAAUUUCGAAAAGGGGUGAUUAAUUCCGAGUAAAAGAGAUUAAUUCAG